GACUCCGCCCCGUUCCCGGUAGCCUCAGACUCACAGAGACUAUCAAGGUGCUUCAGUGACAAGGUUGAAUUUUCGUUUUUCCUCCUAUUAAAUUUUUUUUCUCCUUCUUUUUCAUCACCUACACUCGGUCGCCUGUAUUUGCCUAUUGUAGGCUAUUCAGUAGCUUAACAUAAACGGUUAUAAUAUAUUUAUUUUUACUUGGUCGGAGUGCAAGAGGAUCGAGGGACUUGACUCGUUUCCAGACAGAAUUGACGCUCAGAUGCUUGAAGACAUGAUGGGCUUUACUCGGAAGUUUUUGUCCUUCUUAACAUACAACGCCAUAAUAAUGGUAUGCCAGUGCACAGCAGGUCACCCUCCUCCACCGACAGGGCUGACAUAUAAGUGGCUCGACGCGUUUACUGUGAACGUGUCCUGGAAGAAGCCAGUCGGUCUGCUGGACGGCAGUGAGGUCGGAUACAAAUACUUCCUGAUGAAGAACGGAACAAAAGAGUCUCUGACGUGCACACAAUGGAGAAAUUUCACAGAAACUUGUCUGACAGAAGAGACGGGUCCCAGUGGCUGGACGUACACCAUUUUGACUGAUGGCAGUCCGACCUGUAACAGUUCGAAUGAGAGUGAAGCCGUGUCCAUAAACAUUAUUAGUAACGCCACGGCUAAAUUGGUGAAGGACUUCAAAUGUUUCAUCUACCCCAAUGAAUUGAACUGUUCCUGGAUCCCAGUACAUCAGAAUCUUAACCUGACGCUCUCCUACAGGGUUUAUGGACGUUCUCAGGAACUUAUCGAAGGUUUAAAAGUGUGUGAUCAGCCUUUCAGCAGUGGAAUGAGGAAUGGUUGUACCCUGAAGGUUGCUGCAGAGUGUGACAUCUGCAUCCUUGUGGACAGUGAAGCUGGAAUGAGCACCUUCAGGCCUGUACUUGUGGUACCUUCACCAAAGCUGCACAUCAGAGAAGAUGGAGAUAACCUCAAACUGAACUGGACACCUCCAGAGGUCGGAAGAGAUUGCGUCUGGAUAUACGAGAUCCGCUACAAGAAAUGCAAUGAGCCUCAAGUAUUGCUGAACUUCACUAAGAAGGGAGAGCCUACGAUGCAGAUGGCCUAUGAUAAAAGAUGCCUUUACGAGUUCCAGUCCAAAGUCAUGACUGGUAUAUAUUGCAAAAACAUAUUCAGCGACUUCAGCGAAGUUGUAACUUACGGUACUAAUAAGCCUCUUGACAGGACACUGACUGUGGUUGCCAUUGUCAUCCCCGCCAUUCUGUCUGUCUGCGUCAUUCUGUCCUGCUACUGCUUCAGGAGACACAGCGCCAUUAUUUGCCCCAUCGUACCAGAUCCUUCGGCAAUAUUCAAGGAAAUGAUGAUGAACGGAAACAAAGAACUUAAGACCACAACAGGGAGUCUGUACACACCGGUGCCAGAACCCAUUGAACCCUGCAAUAUUACCCCUGUAACUGAAAAAACUGUCCUCCAGCAAAACUCUUGACUGUACAUGUACACAGCAGUGCCUGCAGUGCAGCUGGACUUCCACUCUGAGCGAAUUCAUCAGGGACAUUUACAGAGUAACCAGGCUGAAAAGCUUUGUUUCACUGAUCUCUUGUGGUUUCAAGUCUGUUGCACAUUUGACAGGUGUGGUCAGGAGAUGACUGAUCUGAAUACAAUUCUGUAUCACUGCAGCCAGGUGAGAACUUCCACCACCAGAGGUUAGCAAAAACAAGAUUUUCAGCUGCUGUUAAGAUCCUCUCUAAGGUAGUACAGAUGCAUGCUGCUGAGGCCUGUCAUGGACGAGAUACGAUAAAAUAAGAUAAAAUGCACUGAAUCCUUGAAACUACCUUUAAAAAGCCGCCCAGCUAUGGACCCGGAAACACAAACAGGACAGGAGAGUUUGUCAUGCCUGCACUGUGCUGAUAUCUUCCCGUUUAGCACUGAGGAGGAAGACAAGGAUAGGGGUCCGCCCUUAUCCUGUUGUUUGGUUGGAUAGCGUGGAGGACUGCACGUGGGCCAGCGGAAGCUAUUUACUGGGCACCGUACCCGUAAGAGGAGCUGGUGUAUCUUUGGAUAUCUGCUGUACACAUUUAAGAGAUCACAAAGGAAUAAAAAUAGGAAGAGGGGAAAGACUGCCAUCAUUGAAGCUAGACAAUAGGCCAGAAGCAAUAACCUAAGAGGUGGGAAACCACAUACUUCUUACCACUGAAUAUGAUCUCAAGACUGCACAGCAAGCUAAGAGCUGCUGUGGCUCUCCUGACCUCCACACAUGUAUCAGCCCCCAAAUGAGGAAAACAACUUGUUUUGUCUAUUUGGCAUGGUUACAAACAUUGUCUUAUGGGGUGCCCUUGUGUUAGUGCUGGAAAUCAUUUAAUCUUAUCCGAAAAUAAAGAAAUAGACAAGAAAUUUAAUGAAGAGGUACAGCUGUGGUGAAAUUUGAAUAUCUAAUCUUGGAAGAAAACUUAGCAUCUUUACUUCCACUUUUAUUUCCUCUGUUAACCCAUUAUUAGUGCAUGUCAAAAGGAAUUAGACUUUGUUGUCAAAUGGAAAUGAAUUGACCUGCAUGAACUUUUCUGGCAGACACUGAUAGCUCUAGAUGCCAAAUGUCUUGUAUAUUUUGGAUGGAAAUAAUAAUUUUAUUAAAACAGUUGAUCAUAUAUGUCUCUUGCAAAUCUGACUUGUGGUGUUAAACAAUGUUUUCUUCUUUGUACACAGUGAUAGAGAAUUGUGUACACAGCUGAGCAUAUAUUAAACUUAUUGCAACUUG